CUACACAAAAGAAAGGAAAUCAUUAAAAACAGCUUACUUACACCCAAAUGGCUCCAAGUUUUGAUGAUAGCAGCUCACUUUUCAACUUUGUCGUCCGAGAUGGAAACGGUGUCAAAGGUAUGGUGGACGCAGGCAUAUCAAAGGUGCCCCAGACUUACAUCCAACCAUCGGCCGAGCAGAUUAACAAGGAAAAUGCCAGCAAACAUGAGCUGCCUCCUAUUGAUUUGUCGAGGCUGGAUGGCCCUGACCAUGAUGAAGUGGUCAAGGAGAUUGUUACAGCUGCUGAGACUCUUGGCUUCUUCCAAGUGGUCAACCAUGGAGUGCCUGUCGAUCUACUCGAGUCUCUCAAAGAGGCCGCACACAAGUUCUUCGGCCUUCCCCCAGAAAGGAAGGCUGUUUACCGCAAAGAAGUGAGUCCAACCCCAUUAGUGAGGUAUGGGACGAGCUUUGUGCCGGAGAAAGAGAAAGCAUUGGAGUGGAAAGACUAUAUUAGCAUGGCCUACACCAAUGAUGCUGAAGCUAUUCAGUAUUGGCCUGUAGAAUGCAGGGAUGCUGCUCUUCAGUAUUUGAACGCAUCACAUGAGAUGGUGAGGAAAUUGCUGGAUGCUUUGAUGGGAAAUCUUGGAGUGGAACUGGAUGACUCAAUGAUUGAUGCAUUCAUGGGCAAGAAAAUGGUUAAUAUGAAUUUUUAUCCAACAUGUCCUAAUCCUGAACUCACAGUUGGUGUUGGGCGUCAUUCCGAUAUGGGUACCCUUACAAUCUUAUUACAAGAUGGAAUUGGUGGUUUGUAUGUAAAAAUUCCAGAAAGCAUGGAUAUAGGAAAGAAAGGAGCGUGGGUUGAAAUUCCUCCUACUCCUGGUGCCUUGGUUAUCAACAUUGGUGAUAUGCUGCAGAUAUUAAGCAAUGGAAGGUACAAAAGUGCAGAGCAUAGAGUUCGUACAACAAGCACCAAAUCAAGAGUGUCAAUACCGAUAUUUACGAGCCCAAAGUCAACAGAGAAGAUUGCACCAUUGCCUCAAGUAGUCAAGGAAGAUGGAGUGACUCGUUAUAAAGCGUUUGUGUUUGCAGAUUACAUGAAUAGCUUUUUCGGAAAUGCACAUGAUGGCAAGAAGUCCCUUGAUUUUGCACAGAUUAAUUCUGCUUGAUUUAGAUUCUAAAUUCUUUCGUAUUCCUGAUCUUAAUUUUAACAUUCUCUUGCGCUUCUUACUUAUUCUUUAAGACAAUAAAAGAUGGUGACUUACCUAGUCUCUCAUUUCCUUCUAUUUUGAGA